AUGGCUUCUGCACCCGCGCCAGGAACGAACGCUACGUCAGGCACAAACCCAACAUCUGGUGUCGGCGAUACCAAACCCAAGGUAUUUGAUAAAGAUGGCGCUGUUGGAAAGCAAUUCACAGAUCAAGGUGCCAUAGGAUCAAUAGGGCAGGCUGUUGGUGGUCCCCUGGAUAAGGAGGGAAUGAUUGGCAAACAUUUCAAUGCGGAUGGAGCUAUUGGAGGCACAGCACAAUCCAUGAUGGGUGGAAAGAAGAGUACAUGA